UGCAUAAACCGUUGGAGGUAUACCGUACUAGUUUUUACCGGUGUAUUCAUUCACAUUCCUGCUUCCUUCAGGAAAGAACAGUUAUGAGUGACUACACGUAUAACGACUCUUUACUGGGGACUUCUGAGGAUUAUGACUACGAGCCUUGUGACCUGAGAGGGAGCCUUGAGAAUGAGGUGGUCAUCCAAACCUACAUCUACUCUCUGAUCUGUGUACUCGGCCUGAUGGGAAACCUUUUGGUACUCAUCACGUAUGCCUUGUACAAGAAGGCAAAAACCAUGACAGACAUCUACCUGGUGAACGUGGCGCUGGCCGAUCUUCUCUUCGUCGUCGCCCUACCGUUGAUCAUCUACAACGAAAGGCACAACUGGGAUAUGGGCACGUGGGCCUGCAAGCUGCUGAACGGAGCGUACAGUAUCAACUUAUACAGCAGCACGCUUCUGUUGGCAUGCAUCAGCGGCGAUCGCUACAUAGCCAUUGUCCAAGCCAGACGCUCCAUUCAGAUCCGACGGCGAGUUCAGGUGUACAGUCGUCUCAUCUGCACAGCAAUAUGGCUGCUGGCUUUGGUCUUGUCUUUGCCCACAUUCAUAUAUUACGAACAGGUUGACGACAUGGACGUCAACGAAUGCAUGUCUGUGUAUUAUGGAAACUAUAAUGCUAAGGUGAUGAAGAUUCUGAUUCCCAGCACACAGAUGCUCGUGGGGUUCUUGGUGCCCCUGAUGGUCAUGAUGUUCUGUUAUUCUUGCAUCAUGGUGACUCUUCUGAAAGCCAAGAACUUCCAGAAGCACAAGGCGGUGCGCGUUGUGCUCACCGUGGUCUUUGUGUUCGUAUUUUGCCAUCUGCCGUACAAUGUGGUACUUCUUGUCCACACCACUAAACUGUUCCAACCUAGGGAUUGUAAGGAAGAGCAAGACACGUUGAUGACGUUGUCCAUCAGCAGGAGCGUGGCCUACCUUCAGUGCUGCUUGAAUCCCAUCCUCUACGCUUUCAUCGGAGUUCAAUUCAGGGGGCAUUUUUGUCAGAUCCUGAAGGACGUAAGGUGUCUGGGACAAAGGUACUUCUACUCCAGGCGCUCCUCGCAGCAGACCUCCGACCUGUACAUGUCAGCUAAAACCGUCGUUGGGUCCAGUCAUGAUAACCCAUCGUCAUUUACAAUGUGAUAUACAGUAAGCGUUUGAGUAUAGUUUUCCGUAAGAUUGCACUGAUUUGAGGUUUGUUGGCUAAUGUUUGUGUAUGGCUGACUAAAAAGAGGGCUCUGCUUGUUACUUUAAACAAGUUUUUUUUUAUCUUUGUCUGUGUAUGUCAGCAUUAUUUUCUGAUGUGUUCUAUUCAAAAUGCUUCAUUGUAACCCACACUGUAAAAGAAAUCUUUCCUGUAAAAUUACAUAUUUUCCACGGCUUUCUUGUAAAUUUACGAUCUUUUUUUGACCGUAUUUAAAAAAAUAACCUGUAACAAAAAAAAUGCAGUAAAAAAACAGAAAUGGUGUCAGAAAUAACCGUAAAAUAAAAGUUUUCCCGUAAAAUUAAACGUUUCCCCACACUGUAAAAAAAAUCCAACUUGCAAAAUGUUCUCCCUACAAAGAUAAAUAAGUAACUUGAACAUAGAAUUUUUAGUUAAAGGAGUCAAAUGAUUGUUUUGCAUAAACUAAACAAAAUUUGCCUUAGAUUCUCAAGUUUUGGGCCAAAAUGCGUCAGAAAGUUUGCUCAACUUACCAAACAGUGUAUUUUGAACAAACAACAUUGCAAGAGUUUGAAAGUUCCCAAGAUGCACUGCAGCAUGUUCAAUUCUGUGUUUCUUAUUUGUUUUUCUUUUAAAGAUUAGUGUUUUAGUUCUUGCUGGCGUAAUUUAUGCUUUACUGUUAGUUAUCUGUUGUGUUCAGAGUUUUUUUUAUGAAUGAUGGGUUUUGAUUGUUACCAUGGUUGAGGGUUGUGUGUUCAAUGUUGAGGUGUAAGUGCAUGACACAAUGCCAAAGAUGGUAUAAAUGCACUCAACACAAACUGUUUAAACAGUUAUUUGAUCAAGUGUAGUGGAAGACAAAUAUAUUUCUUUAUUUUUAAAUAGCCAAUUUAUAUUCUGUAUUUAUGUUCAGCCAACAAAAAAUAUUUUGUUCUGUUGUUCAUUAGAUAAACUUGACUAUGUUGUGACAACUAAUGACUUGAACAUCAUUUUUUAAGUUGGACGGACUUCAGUCUCUGUUUGUUGAGUUAACUCAAAAACGUGCUUGUGAUAGGUUGCCUUAUUAUUUUAAGUUGACUCCUCUCUUUUUUAACAGUGCAUUUCUCUUGUAAAUUUGAAGUCUUUUUCUGUUAUUUUAUGGUUUUUGACCAUAUUUUACAAAAACAGUAAAAUUCCACAAUUUUUUUUGACAUUAUAGAAUAGAAAUAACAGUAAAAAUCUGUAAAAUUACUUUUUUUACAGUGCAUGUGUACAUUUCAAAGCAUC